AUGACCAACAACCAAGACAUCAUCGAGCGUCCUGCCGACAUUCACACCGGCGGCGCCAACCCCGCCAACUCGAGCUCUGAUUCGGAAAAGAUUCGGGAAAAGACGAGCUUCGAAGACGAUGCCUCCAAGACGUCCAAGCCCCAGGAGGGCGUCGUAGGCGAUGUGCCAGGCGGCGACGACAACCUCUUUGGCGGCGGCAAAACGUACCGCACCAUGGGCCUGUGGGACACCAUGCUUGUCCUCGCCACGAACCAGGUCGGCCUUGGCAUUCUCACGCUCCCCGCCAUUCUCAAGACGUUGGGUCUCGUUCCCGGCCUCAUUGCCAUUGUCGGGCUGGGCGUCGUGUCCUGGUAUACUGCCUACGAGCUGCUGCAAUUCUACCGCGCACACCCCCAGGUCGUCAACAUGGUUGACAUGGCGCGCAUUGUCGGCGGCCGGCCUCUCGAGCUCAUCUUUGGUGUCGGUCUCUUGUUCAAGGUCAUGAUGACGUGCGGCUCCGCCACCGUCACACUCUCCAUUGCCUUCAACACGCUGUCCAAUCACUCGACGUGCACUGUCGCUUUUGCCGCGGUUGGUGCCGUGUGCUGCUGGAUCCUGUGCCUACCACGCACAUUCAAGUUUGUCGCCCAGGCGGGCUUGCCGUGCACGGUAAGCAUCAUCGUGGCCGUUUUCAUCGUCAUCAUCAGCCUUGGCGUGGCGGGUCACCCGCGGGGUGAGGUCCAUGGUUUCGCCAAGGAAGUCGUCAUUAUCGGAAACCCCAGCUUUCGCGAGGGCGUCAGCGCAUGCCUCAAGGUGUGCUAUGCGUAUGCUGGUAAUGUUGGUUUCGUCUCGUACAUGGCCGAGAUGAAGAACCCUUCCCGCGACUUUCCCAAGGCCCUCACUAUCCUGCAGGUCUUCUCCGUGCUUCUGUACAUCCUCACUGCGGUGACCAUCUAUGCUCUUUCUGGGCAGGCUGUGCGUUCGCCCGCGCUCGGCUCAGCGCCCGACAUUCCCGCCAAGGUGGCCUAUGCCAUCGCACUGCCUGCCAUCUUGUCAACGGGCAUGGUCUUUGGCCACACCGCCAUCAAGUACAUCUACGUGGUUGCCUUGCGGGCUACCAAGACGACGCACCGCGCCACGGAAAACUCGGUGCGCUCCUGGGGUCUCUGGGUUGGAAGCGCCACCAUAUUUUGGGUUCUUGCCUUCAUCCUAGCCAGUGCCAUUCCCAUCUUUGACUCGAUUUUGUCUAUUUCGUCGGCGACGUUUGUGGCCUGGUUCACGUUUGGCGUCAGUGGUGUGUUUUGGUACCAUCGUAACUGGCAGGAGAAGUUUGCCCGCAAGAAUAUUCCCCUGGCCAUUGUCAACGCUCUGCUUAUUAUUCAAGCGCUGUUCAUGAAUGGUGUCGGCAUGUGGGCAUCUGUUCAGGGUUUGCUUGAGGUCUACCACACACCCGGCAAGCUUGAGGGAUCCUUUACUUGUGCCGAUAACUCGAUAUUUUGA